GCCGCCCCCCCCCCUUUCUGUGUGCUGCUGCAGCUCGCGGCUUUUUAAUCUCCCCCCUCCCUCCACCCCCGUUGCCCUCCCCUGCCGUUCUGCCAGUCCGGCCUGGGUCCUGCUGCUUUGCCCAGCUCCAUGGGAGCGCCGAACUCCACGGCAGGCUCUCCCUGCCCCUCUGCCCGCUAACAUGGCACUGCCAGCACCCAAUUAACCAGGAGUAGCAGCUUUGGGGGAAGCAGGAAUCUGGUCCGCCUCCCGGCUCCAGACUCGGUCAUGGAUGUGAGCAAGAUGACGGUCAGCAUCAAUAAAGCUAUUAAUACCCAGGAAGUGGCCGUGAAGGAAAAACAUGCCAGGACGUGCAUCCUGGGAACCCACCAUGAGAAAGGAGCGCAGACCUUCUGGUCCGUCGUAAACCGUCUGCCCCUCUCCAGCAAUGCCGUGCUCUGCUGGAAGUUUUGCCACGUGUUCCAUAAACUUCUCCGUGAUGGGCACCCCAACGUCUUGAAAGACUCCCUGAGAUACAAAAAUGAAUUAAGCGACAUGAGCAGGAUGUGGGGUCACCUGAGUGAGGGUUACGGACAGCUCUGCAGCAUCUACCUCCGAUUGCUGAGAACCAAGAUGGAGUACCACAUCAAGAACCCCCGAUUCCCAGGCAACCUUCAGAUGAGUGACCGACAGCUGGAUGAUGCAGGAGAAAGUGAUGUCAACAACUUUUUCCAGCUGACAGUAGAGAUGUUCGACUAUUUGGAGUGUGAGCUGAACCUUUUUCAAACCGUGUUCAGUUCCUUGGACAUGUCUCGCUCCGUGUCGGUGACGGCAGCAGGACAGUGCCGCCUGGCCCCGCUGAUCCAGGUGAUUCUGGACUGCAGUCACCUGUACGAUUACACCGUCAAGCUGCUCUUCAAACUGCACUCCUGUCUUCCUGCCGACACCCUCCAGGGCCACCGGGAUCGUUUCCUGGAACAGUUCAAGAAGUUGAAAGAUCUCUUCUACCGUUCCAGCAACUUGCAGUACUUCAAGCGGCUUAUCCAGAUCCCUCAGCUUCCAGAGAACCCACCCAACUUCUUACGGGCCUCAGCCUUGUCGGAACACAUCAGCCCCGUGGUGGUCAUCCCAGCAGAGGCUUCAUCCCCAGACAGUGAGCCCGUCCUAGAGAAAGACGACCUCAUGGAAAUGGACGCCACUUCUCAGCAGAACUUCUCUGACAACAAGUUUGACGAUAUCUUCGGCAGCUCAUUCAGCAGCGACCCUUUCAAUUUCAACAAUCAAAAUGGCAUGAGGAGCAGAGAAAAGAAGGAUACCUUGAUUGAUCAUCUGUACCGGGAGAUCAAUGGACUGAAGAAGGAGCUGGAGAACCUCAAGGCCGAGAAACACCUGGCGUUCCUGCAGCUGAAGGGUCGGAUCAGCGAGCUCGAGGCAGAGCUGGCUGAGCAGCAGCACCUGCGGCAGCAGGCGGUCGAUGAAAGUGAAUUUCUCCGAGCUGAGCUGGAGGAGCUCAAUAAAAGGAGGGAAGACACAGAGAAAGCCCAGCGGAGUCUCACGGAGAUCGAGAAGAAAGCGCAGACAAAUGAACAGCGUUACAGCAAGCUGAAGGAGAAGUACUCCGAGCUGGUUCAGAACCAUGCUGACCUGCUGCGGAAGAAUGCCGAAGUGGCCAAACAGGUGACCGUGAUGAGACAGGCUCAGGCCGACUUGCAGCGAGAGAAGAAAGAGCUGGAGGAAACUUUCCAUCGUUCGAAUGAGCAGGCCCAGCGCAAGACUCAAGAACAGACAGAGGUCCUGGAGACCUUGAAACAAGAGCUGUCCAUCAGCAAACAUGAAUUCCAAGCCCUCCAAGGCACCCUGGAAACCUCUGCCCAGUCAGAGGCAAAGUGGAACACGCAGGUUGAAGGGCUAGAGAGGGAGCGCGCCAGCCUGGCGAAGAUCGCAUCCGAGAGGUUUGAAGAGAUCUCAUCCCUCCGGAACCGACUGGAGCGAACACAGUCGGAGUUAACCAGUGCGCAGGAAUCGGUGCGUCAGAUUGCGAAGGACCAGCGGAAGUUAUUUCUCCUGGAGAGCGGGCAAGAGGCUGAGAAGAUGGUGAGGGACGCACUGAGCCAGCUGGAGGAGCCCGUCCUCAUCGGCUGUGCCGGCUCUGCAGAUCACCUCCUUUUCAAGACGAGUUCUGUUUCCAAAUGCAUCGACCAAGUGGAGGAGGCCCAAAACCAGUAUCUGAACUCCUCCAAUGAUGUCAGUGGCCUGGCUAGAUCCAUGACCCUCUUGGCUCACUUGGUUAGUGACACCAUCCUCCAGGGCAGUGCCACCUGUCUCACAACAUCCUUGGAGCCUGCAGAGACACUAACAGAUGCCUGUAAAGAAUACGGCAGGGAAGCCCUGCUCUAUCUGUCCACGCUGAAGGAAGAGGACUGUCUUGAGAAUGCAGACAGCACGGCGAUGAGGAGCUGCCUCAGCAAGAUCACAGCCAUUGGCGAGGCGCUCAGGCCCAGAGGGCUGGACAUCAGGCAGGAGGAGCUGGGGGAUCUGGUGGACAAGGAGAUGGCCGCCACCUCAGCUGCCAUUGAAACGGCCACAGCCAGGAUAGAGGAGAUGCUCAACAAGUCCCGAGCUGGAGACACGGGGGCCAAACUGGAGGUGAAUGAAAGGAUUCUCGGUUCCUGUACCAGCCUAAUGCAGGCUAUCCAGAUUCUCAUCGUAGCCUCCAAAGACCUUCAGAGGGAGAUCGUGGAGAGCGGCCGGGGUGCAGCUUCUCCCAAAGAGUUCUAUGCCAAGAAUUCACGAUGGACAGAAGGCCUGAUCUCGGCCUCCAAAGCUGUCGGCUGGGGAGCCACGGUCAUGGUGGACGCCGCUGACCUGGUGUUCCAAGGGAAAGGGAAGUUUGAGGAGCUGAUGGUGUGUUCCCAUGAAAUUGCUGCCAGCACAGCCCAGCUGGUGGCUGCUUCCAAGGUGAAAGCUGACAAGGACAGCACCAACCUGGCCCAGCUGAAGCAGGCCUCUCGGGGGGUGAACCAGGCGACAGCACAGGUGGUGGCAUCGACCAUGGCAGGGAAGUCGCAGAUUGAGGAGACAGAAAACAUGGACUUCACCAGUCUGACACUGACCCAGAUCAAACGUCAAGAGAUGGACUCCCAGGUGAAAGUGCUGGAACUGGAGAAUCAGCUGGAGAAGGAGCGGCAGAAGCUGGGCUACCUGCGCAAGAAGCACUACGAGCUCGCUGGCGUGGCCGAGGGCUGGGAGGACGAACCUGUGGUGUCUCUACCUGAAGCCACAUCAGAGAAGGACUAGAGGCCAGCCCACCACCAGACAUCAGACUGUAAAUGCUUGUAACUCAUCCAUGUGCUUGUCAUGUCACCGCCCUACCCCACUCCCAGGCCCGCACUUUGAUGGGAAGCACGCCGAGUCUGCCCUCAUUUCUGAUCGACGCUUAAGAUGCCGGAAGGCCUUUGCUGGCCAUCUGGGCCCCCAGGGAGCGGAGAGCUGCUGGGAAGGGAGUCUGCACUGGACGCAUCUCAGCCACACGACUCACUUCAUCUCCGCACUCAUUUCUUAGAGCUUGUUUGUUUUCCCAGGGUUGGGGGGGGCUGGGACUGCAGGGAGAGGCCAAGCAAGAGACUUCAUCCGUAUCCUUUCCCUUUUCUUCUCAGUUUUUUCCGUUUCAUCAUUUGCACAAACUGGGGAGCAUCCGAGGUGGAUCCCAAGCCGAGACACUCUCCUGGAUCUGUCCACAGAGAAAAGGAUGGCCGGAGAGUCCUGACUGGGAAGGCCAGGGCAGUUCUUCCCCCUCCUUGGCAGUCUCACGGAUUCCCCGCUGCUUCUUUGGGUGGCUGGUUUUUUCGUUUUGUUUUUGGAAAUCCAAUUGCUCUAGCCAACUUUGCUCAAGGGAGCCCCUCUGGAGCUCUUAGGACACAAACGGACCCCAAUACCACAGUGGUUACACAGUUAAUGGUGCUGCUCAGGCUCUGCCCUUGGUGCUCUACAAUCCACCACACCACUGACCUCUGCUGGAGCGUGGGACAGUCAUGUGCACUUCCUGGAAGGGAAGACAGCUGCCGAGUGGUGAUGGCUUCCUCCAAAGGGGGGGCAGGUAGAGUGCCUUGUGUGACUGCAGCUGGACCCCAGCCAAGCCCCAGGAUUGACCUCCACACACGUGGGGACCACAGAAGGAGGGGGAGGGAAGGGUCCAGCCCAGGUCCUCGGAGAACCACGGUCCGUGGCAACACCUCAUGAUCAGGCUCCAUACACCCCGUGUGGCCCUCCUCGAAUGGGGAUGCGGAGAAUAGCAACACUGCUCUGUGCAGCAGGUCCUUCCCUGGCCACCUCCAUACCUGAUCAAGCUACCGAGGAGGAGGAAGAGAUGAAGGGAACCUCACCUGCUUUCUCCAAAUGAUCAGCCUUACCAUCUUCCUGAGCUGAAGAUGGAUAAUGGCCUCUUCCAACUAAUUCAGAAGCCCAGAAGCCUUGGACAGAGAGAAUCAAUCAAGCCAUCCCCCCAAAAGGGGGAGGCUCAUAUUUGGUGUCCGUAGCUUCCAGUCGAUCUUCCAUCGACCCGUGCUAUGUAUAACAAACCACCCACAAGCAGCAAACACCCUCUAAAGAAUGCUUGGAGCAGUCAGUGUCGGAAGUGACCACAUCUGACUGCUGUUCCCCCCCAACGAUCUUCAUGAACAGGAAAGAAAACAGCAAGGUUACCCUCUUUGGACCCCUCACCAAAGAGGCUCCUCAGAGCCUCUGGGUAACUGUCCAAAAGUGGAGCGGAAAGGAGAUGGCGGCGUGCCAAUUCCCUUGUCCUUUCCUUCAACAGAAGCCAUGCACUGACCAUGCUUUCUCUCUCCUCGAGAUGGGCUGAGGUGGCAAACAUUAGCAAACCCAGAGAGAGCUGGCCAAUGGCAAACACUUUUACCCCAGCAGAGUCCUUCACCCAAAAUGCAAGUGACUCUUGGAUCCUGGUAGUAGCAGCCAAGAAGUUCCCACUAGGACCCAGCCCAGAGGAACAUACUAAGCCCCAUCAUAGUAGAGCUUGGAGAUCCUAUUCAAUCACUGUGAAUCAAUGGAAGAGAGAAGCCAGAGGGACCCCUCUGGGGUUCCCCUGUGCAUUUCAAAAGCAGGGAUGUCUUAAAAAUGAGGAACUCAGUCACUGCACCCAGAAUGGCCAUUUUCUGUUCGAGGAGUCAGCCGUGAAAAUUAAGCAAACAAUUAUUACUUUUGUGCUUGGCAUCUUCCCGCUCCAAAGACUUGAGGAGGUCAUGCGCUUUGUUGCUGGGCCAAGUGUGCAGGUCAGGCGUUUACCAAGGGGCUUGUCCUCAUGUCAGUGCUCCUCAAAAGUAGCAGGUCCCAACUCUCAUGCUCUUUUUUAACAGAAGCAACAGAGGGAAUAGCUUUGGAUAAAGCUCACCCUAAAGAUGGAAUGCCAUCCCUCUGAAAAUUCCCUAACAUUGUUUUAAAAGCUCUUAUGAAUGUUGAGUAAUAGUGGUGAUUACAUGGAGGGGCUAGUUUAUAGGGUCAGGCACAUCUGGAUUUAUACUAGGGAAGCACCACGUGAGAUAUGCAGAUUUAGAAACAUCACUCCAAAUUUUCAUGAGGACUCUUUGGGCCCGAACUGUAGCCGAGCCUUCCAAGUUCAUAUUGGUCUGAUUGGCCACAGGUGGACACACUGUAUCAUGCUUGACCCCAACAUCAUUGUGGUCCUCUUCAAGAACGAGCAAUGACAACCAACCGGGGGAAGUACCUGCUAAUGUAAAACAAUUUUCUAAAAGCCCCAAGCAAAAGGGUGUCAGCCAGAGCAGAGUGUCAAGCAUGCUGCUCAUUCUGAAAAUGGAGUGUGAACACACAAGAGAUGCCUUUGACUGGAAUAACUAAGCUUUUGUGGCAGAGUGAACUUCAUUGACUGUUAACAAAUUGCUGAACAUGGUUAGCUGAACAAGGCUAUAUGAGCCAUGGGUAAGUGUGGAGGUGCUCUUAGCAUGGGAACUCCUUGGUCUGGUGAGGCAGUGGCAGAGGAAGGUGGCUUGUACAUUAGCACCUGCAGAGUUUGUCUGCACCCGGGAAGAGGAGAACGUGGAAGAGUAUGUUCUUCUGGGGCAAUGUGCGGUUUUUCUGCACUGCAAUAACUCUUGAGCAAAGAUGAACUUUCUCAAUUAGAUCAUAUGCUGAUGGUUGUGCCCAGGUGUACAACCUGAAACAUGUAGUUAGGCUUGUGGCUUUAGGCCCAAAGCGGGAGUGGCCACAUAUUGACCUGAGCUUCUCUUCUUGGGAUUGUUUCAGCUGCCAAACUGAGCACUUGGCUUCAGAGGGAGAACUACCCCAUUGGCCAUGCCUGUCACCACUGGCCUUUCCAGCUCCCAGCCCAGAGAAACGCUUGCCUCCUGGCCAGCACCUAAAGCCCUGCCCUGAUCUUAACCAUGCUUUGUUGCCAUGACCUUUCCAAAUCAAACAGAAAAACCUUGCUGCUGAUUAAACCUUUGGCCCCCACAUUGGCAGAGGCCUAUCUGGCCUUAUUAUCUCCAACCCUUCAAAAGCCCGCACUGCCUGUAGCAGAGAAUGAUAUGACACUAUGGGUCUGCCAGAUUCUUUCUCUCACACACAAACCCAGCAAAUCUUUCCAGCUAUUUGCUGAGGACUUCCGUUAUUUCCCAGGUCCAAACCAACUGUAAUACCACCAACCCACUGAUGUGGUACACUGCCUUUCACCCCAGGAGCCAAAGCAAUACAGAAGAUCUAUUGGUUACCGCUGGGCCCAGUGCUGAGAGCAGUGUAUCCACAUGUCCAGAUCCAAUGUCUUUCAGGUGACCCUUAACUACCUCAGGUUUGAAGGCCCUAAAUUAAGCUGGUUACUACUCACAGGGACAAACCGAGGGGGUUCAGAUAAAUCUUGGUGAUAACUCAAUUUUUGUCUCAAUCCUAUAACUUUUUCUCAUCUAUUUUGGUUUUGGGGAGAUGGGAAUUUUUUUUCCUUUUAUUUUUUAACCUUUACCCGGAUGUCCAUUAGAAGUAUUCCUGUAAAUUAAGUUGAUUUAUCACUCUGAGUGCCUACCUUCCCAGGGCAGGUGGCCACUGGCAUUUGGUUUCUUUCCAACAAGACUUUUGAUUAUUAUAGCAUUAAGAUCUUUCUUUGUAUAAUAUGUUGUACGUGUGUUUUCAAUUUUUAAAAUAAAUAUUUCAA